CGGACGCCGGGUUGCGAGCAUGCUGCGCAAGCUCACCCUCGACCAGAUCAACGACUGGUUCACCAUCGGCAAGACCGUGACCGAUGUGGAGCUGCUGGGCUCGCCGCCCGUCCUCCCGGCCGACGCGGCCAGGGAUGAGGCACAGCGCAGGGACGCGGCCCCCGGCGUCGGCCCCGAGGCCCCGGCUCCGGCCCAGGCCCGGCCGAUGGUGCCCAGGAGGCCACUUAGCCAGACGAGCCCAGAAAUGGAGUAUAUUAACAAAUACAGACAGCUUGAAGCACAAGAAUUGGAUGUGUAUGGCAGUGAUCAUUCAAGCAGGGGGCCAGGUCCACGGCCUCCUUCAGCUAAACCAAGCAAUGCGAUAUGCAUCCCAGACACAACGUAUAAGUACCCCGAUUUGCCUGUAAAUCGAUGUAAGGAAGAGGUCAUUUCUUUGAUAGAAAGUAACUCUGUGGUGAUCAUACAUGGUGCCACGGGCAGCGGUAAGAGCACUCAGCUCCCGCAGUACAUCCUGGAUCACUACGCUGAGCGCUCCGCCUACUGCAACAUCGUGGUCACCCAGCCCCGCAAGAUAGGGGCCAGCAGCAUCGCCCGCUGGAUCAGUAGAGAGCGCGCCUGGACUCUGGGUGGUCUGGUGGGCUAUCAGGUGGGGCUGGAGAAAGUAGCAACGGAAGACACCAAGUUAGUGUACGUGACGACCGGGGUCCUGCUUCAGAAAGUCGUCGGCGCCAAGAGCUUGAUGGAGUUCACGCAUGUCUUCAUUGAUGAAGUACACGAGCGGACUGAAGAAAUGGAUUUCCUGUUGUUGGUAGUUCGUAAACUUUUAAGAACAAAUUCACGUUUUGUGAAGGUGAUCCUGAUGUCAGCCACCAUCAACUGCGAGGAGUUCGCGGACUACUUUGCCGUUCCUGUUCAGAACAAGAUGAGCCCUGCAUAUAUUUUUGAAGUGGAAGGAAAGCCGUAUUCCAUCGAAGAGUAUUAUCUUGAUGAUCUGGAGCACAUUCAUCAUAACAGGCUGUCUCCCCACCGGCUGGAGGAGCCAGCGAUAACUAAGGAUGUGUAUGAAGUCACUGUCUCCCUGAUUCAGAUGUUCGACGACCUGGAUCUGAAGGAGAGUGGCAGGAGCAGGACCUGGUCGGGGGCCCCAUCUGCGCCUGUGCGGAGCAGCGUGCUGGUGUUUCUGCCAGGUCUGGGUGAAAUAAACUAUAUGCAUGAACUUCUCACAAACAUGGUUCACAAAAGGUUACAGGUCUAUCCACUCCAUUCGAGUGUGACUUUGGAAGAACAGAAUAAUGUGUUUUUGAGCCCAGUGCCCGGGUACAGAAAGAUUAUUCUGUCCACAAACAUUGCGGAGAGUUCUGUCACAGUUCCAGAUGUCAAAUACGUUAUAGAUUUUUGUUUGACUAGAACUCUGGUCUGCGAUGAAGACACGAAUUACCAGAGUCUGCGGCUGAGCUGGGCCUCCAAGACCAGCUGCAGCCAGAGGAAAGGCCGUGCCGGACGAGUGUCUAAAGGAUACUGUUACAGACUUGUAUACAAGGAGUUCUGGGACAACUCCAUCCCUGACCAUGUCAUUCCUGAGAUGUUGCGCUGUCCCUUGGGAAGCACAGUGUUGAAAGUGAAGUUACUUGACAUGGGUGAACCGAGAGCCUUGCUGGCCACGGCCCUAUCCCCGCCCAGCCUGAGCGGCCUGGAGCGCACCAUCCUGCUGCUGAAGGAGGUUGGAGCGCUUGCAGUGAGCGGGCAGAGAGAGGAUGAGAACCCCCAUGACGGUGAACUGACCUUCUUAGGAAGAGUGUUAGCCCAGCUUCCUGUCAGCCAGCAGCUCGGGAAACUCAUCGUCCUCGGACACGUGUUUGGGUGCCUGGACGAGUGUCUUAUCAUAGCGGCAUCUCUUUCGUUGAAGAAUUUUUUUGCAAUGCCUUUUAGGCAGCAUCUGGAUGGAUAUAGGAACAAAGUGAAUUUCUCUGGCAACAGUAAGAGUGACUGUAUCGCACUUGUUGAAGCAUUUAAAGCUUGGCAGGCUUGCAGACAGCGAGGAGAGCUGCGGCACCCAAAGGAUGAACUUGACUGGGGACGGUUAAAUUACAUUCAAAUCAAGAGAAUUAGAGAGGUUGCUGAGUUGUACGAAGAACUGAAGACUAGAAUCUCCCAGUUCAACAUGUAUGUUGAUUCCCGGCGGCCUGUCAUGGACCAAGAGUAUGUCUAUAAGCAGCGCUUCAUCCUGCAGGUUGUGCUGGCAGGUGCUUUUUAUCCAAAUUACUUCACUUUUGGGCAGCCUGACGAAGAGAUGGCAGUGCGGGAGCUGGCGGGCAAAGACCCAAAGACCACCGUUGUGCUGAAGCACAUCCCUCCCUAUGGGUUUCUCUACUACAAACAACUGCAGUCUCUCUUCAGACAGUGCGGCCAAGUCAAAUCCAUCGUGUUUGAUGGCGCGAAAGCCUUUGUGGAGUUUUCACGGAAUCCGACAGAGAGGUUUAAAACUCUCCUCGCGGUGUACAUGGCAAUUAAGAUGUCUCAGCUCAAAGUCUCCCUUGAACUCAGCGUUCACUCUGCAGAGGACAUUGAAGGGAAGGUGCUCGGAGGGGCGGUGUCAAAGCUCAGGAACACAAGGGUGAAUGUGGACUUCCAGAAGCAGACGGUAGAUCCCAUGCAAGUCUCCUUCAACACGCUGGACGGAUCCCAGAUGGUCACAGAUCUCCUUUUAACAAUCGAUGUCACAGAGGUGGUUGAAGUGGGGCACUUUUGGGGAUAUAGGAUUGACGAAAAGAACUCCGAGAUUCUCAAGAAGCUCACUGCUGAAAUAAACUGCCUGAAGUUGCUGCCCUUGGCCGUCCACCCGCACCCGGACUUGGUCUGUCUGGCUCCUUUCGCUGAUUUUGAUAAAGAAAGCUACUUCAGAGCGCAGAUCCUUUAUGUUUCUGGAGAUUCCGCUGAGGUCUUCUUCGUGGACUACGGCAACCGGGCUCACGUCGCUCUGCAUCUCCUGAUGGAGAUGCCCUGUCAGUUUCUGGAGCUGCCGUUUCAGGCCCUGGAAUUUAAGAUUUGCAAAAUGCGCCCAUCCGCAAGGUCUCUGGUGUGUGGCGAGCCCUGGAGCAGCGGGGCCAGCCAGCGGUUUGCCUCCCUGGUCAGCGGCUGCGCCCUCCUGGUGAAGGUCUUCUCUGUUGUGCACAGCGUCCUGCAUGUGGACGUGUACCGCUGCUCGGGGGUCCAGGAUGCCGUCAACAUCCGAGACGUCCUGGUCACUGAGGGCCACGCCGAGCUGGCCGAGGAGCCCUAUGCGUCCAAGCAAAACCAUGAAGUUCUCAAGGGUCUCUUUUCCAAAUCAGUAGAGAGCGUGACAGACAGGUCUGUGCCAUCCCCGGUAAAAGAUGAUGAAAAGUAUCUGCUCCGGGUUCUGUUAGAGAGCUUUUCUUCCAACAAACUGGGUCACCCGAACUGCAAGGCGAUACUUCAUGGGCCGUUUAACCCUUAUGAACUGAAGUGUCAUAGUCUGACCAGAAUAUCCAAGUUCAGGUGUGUGUGGAUCGAGAAGGAGAGCAUCAACUCUGUCGUCGUCAGCGACAGCCCUGAAGAACACCAGAGAGUGCUGGUCGCAGCCUCCCUGUCGGUCAACGCCACGGGGUCCACGAUGCUGCUGAGGGAGACCUCCCUGAUGCCGCACAUCCCCGGCCUCCUGGCCCUCCUCAGCAUGCUGUUCACGCCAGUGAUGGAGCUAAGGGUUGAUCGAGAGGGAAAGUGUUACACUGGAGCCCUCUGUGGUUUGGGGUGGAGCCCGACCACAGGGGCCCCUGUCCUGCCGGAGCACGACAUAGAGCUGGCGUUUGACGUGCAGCUCGGCGUGGAGGACGUCGUGGAGGUUAAUAUUCUCAGGGCCGCUGUUAACAAGCUGGCAUGUGACGGACCACACGGACCCAAGCGUCUUGGGCCUGAAGGGAUCGCACAGUUGCAGGAUGACGCGCGUCAGAAACUUCUGGGUUUGUUCUGUCAGUUGAAACCAAGAGAGAGAAUUGUCCCUAAGUGGCAUGAAAAGCCGUAUGAGUGGAAUCAGGUUGAUCCGAAGCUGGUCAUGGAGCAGACUGACAGGGCGAGCAGCAGCAGCAAGAACACCUUCCUAUACCAGCUGCACAAACUCAUUGUCCUCAGUACCUAGAUGUGCUGCGGUGGUGUUCUAGCUCCUCCUGGGGACGCUCAGAGGCCGAUAAAGGCUCCAUCCACCACCUGCCUUCCUCUGAUCUGAGUGUCAUGGUCUGUCUGCUGCGUCUGAAAGGCCUUCUCUGUCCUGGCCCCUCUUCUCUUUGGCUGGUGGCCGGAGAGUGGUGUUUCUGUUCAGGUGGGAAGGAUUGGAAAGCCUGGUCUUUUCUAGAAACAGAAAAUCACUGUAUUAAACAUUUCGGGAAAAAUUAUUCUGAAAGAAGAUUUUGUUUGGAAAAAGAGCUAUAUUUUGCAGUAAAUUUCUUUAAGGUAGCUAAUGUCCGUGUAAGGUUCCAGAGUGUGCUUGUAUGUUCUAUUUUGUUACAGAGACUUAAACCUGGGGUACAGGAAAAACUAGGGCUCCCAGUUUAGCCCAAGGGAAAAGCCCUGGUUUUUUUGUUUGUUUCUAUUUUUCAAAAACCAUGUUGCAUUUUUCUGACUUUUUUUCCAUGGGGGAAGAUACCUAAUUUUGGUUAAAACUACUUCAUUUUUGUAUGUUUUAGAUUUUCACUUAAGUUUCAAUUCUUGGUACACAUUUUGGAAAUUAGAGAUUAUCUGGCCACUAGUAUAUCUAUGUUAAAACAAUAAAAGCAUGAGACUAAGUUUGUUUAUGACA